CUCGGCCUCUCGCCGAAAGUGUAUGGCAGCCACAAUAGGCAUGCCCUCAUCUGAUCAUUUGUCCCUACCAGAACACCCUUUCUCAAGGGACUUGCUCUGUCAGAAUACAUCACGCGCAUUUAAUGCGAUCACUCCGACCACUUGGAGAAGGAUCAACUCGAAGCAGGAACUCAAGGAUAUUCAGCAACUACAUUGGCGCCGUCUGUGGGAAAACGAACAAAAGCCAUCACCAGAAGUUAAGAUGGUACACACACGAGCAACCCAGCGCGAGAGUCCUCCCCAAGGCCAAGGAAGAGCCCAGCCCCCAAGUGUCAACCCCGUGUCACAGAAUGCACCAAUUGCAACCGCCCAACAUCAGCAGGUGGAGGGAGUUGGGGAACAUAGUCCACAAUAUCCCAACGCCGUGGCAAACGACCCUGUAACUGCUCAACUCAAUGCCAUGCAACAACAAUUCGAGAUCUUCCAACUCGUGCUCGCUCAUGUCGCCCCGACCGCUUCCCAAGCACAAUCUCACAUGCCACCCCAGCCACAAAACCCGCCCCAACCAGCUGCCUCAGAUGUCUCAAAGAGACUAGACAACAUAGAAAAGCUGUUGGCUGAGAACAAAAACCCACAGCCACAGACCCCACCUAUAUCAGCCUUCAUCCCCACUCCUCUCAAUACCAAAAUUACCCAAGAGCCAUAUCCAUCCGGUUUCAGGAUGCCACAGUUCGAAACGUAUGAUGGCACUAAAGACCCUGAUGACCACUUACAUGCAUUUUUCUCCAUCAUGCAGGCUCAAAACGCCUCAGACGCACUCAUGUGCAAGAUGUUCCCCUCCACAUUGCGCAGCAAUGCCUGGACCUGGUAUCACACCCUGUGUCCGAACUCGAUUAAUGCAUAUGUCGAGCUGGCCACCUCCUUUGCCACCAAAUUCUCAAGCAGAAGGUUGAUAAAAAAGAUGACACCCGAGCUCAUGCAGAUAACACAAAGAGAUGGUGAAUCCUUGAAGAACUACAUGAAUAGGUUCAAUGAUGCCAUGUUGGAGGUCAACGCCUUCGAUGAAGCAGUGGGAAUAACUGCCGUGAUACAAGGCCUCAACCAUGAUCGGUUUCGAGAUAACUUAAUCAAGCACACCCCAACCACUUUUGACGAGGUCAAUCAGAGAUCCCUCAAGUUCAUUAAGGCCGAGGAGUACGUCCUCUCCAAACCCCAACCCCCCAAAGAAGCUAAAACCCCCGCCUGGAGAGAAGAAGGCCAGAGCAGAAAGAAGUUCAAACCCACACAGAACCGAGGCCCAAUGCUGGUUCCCAAGCUAGACAGGCCCGACUCCAGCACCCCGCAAACGCGGCUUGGGCCACCCUUAUGGACCUCCUUCAUAAUACCGAGGUCGCAAAUUUUCAUGCAAAUCAAGAAUAAGAUGGAGCUGAGGAGACCAGCCCCUCUACAGAGCCCAGUGGCAAGCAGAGACCACACCAGAUACUGUGACUUUCACCAAGAUCACGGACAUACCACGGAAGAUUGCCACAGUUUGAAAAGUUUACCAAAGUUCGUCAAAGAACAGGGACAAGCUCAGGGGUCCCGAGCAACAAAUAACAGAGAUGGGGUAGAAUACCAACAAGCACCAACACCUCUCCCACCCCCAUCUAGAGUCAUUCACAUGAUAAUUGGUGGGCCCGAAGCAGGAGGCACAAGCUCCAAACAACAGAAGCUGUACGUGAGGGAGGUCAAGCACCGUAAUGCAGCUCAGAAAAGAAAGAUUGACGAGGAGGAUUGGAAAAAUCAAUCUGUGACAUUCACUUCGGCUGACUUCGAGGGAGUUGUCACCCCCCAUAACGAUCCAUUAGUCACCUCGGUCAUCAUUAACAACUGCGAGGUCCAGCGAGCGCUCAUUGACACCGGUAGUGCCCCAGAUAUAAUGUAUUACCAUUGCUUUGAGAGCCUUGGGCUCGACCCCACCCUCUUGCAAAAGUAUGACGGGCCCAUCUAUGGGUUCAAUAAUCAGCCAGUACCCGUGGAAGGAGUGCUGCGACUCAACGUGGCGUUCGGUUUCGGACGAACGUAUGUAACACCCUCAGUCAGAUUCCUGUCAAACGGGAAGUGGCGCAUGUGCAUCGAUUAUACCAACCUCAACGACGCCUGCCCUAAAGACUGUCAUCCCAUGCUUAGCAUAGACAAGCUGGUAGAGGCCGCCUUAGGGAAUGAGAGGUUAAGCCUCUUGGAUGCUUACUCGGGGUAUCAUCAAGUUCGCAUGGCACCCGAGGACGAGGUGAAAACCUCAUUUUAUGCCGGAGAUGAAAUAUACUGCUAUGUGAUGAUGCCGUUUGGGCUCAAAAAUGCAGGAGCAACAUACCAGAAAAUGGUCACAAUCGUGUUUCGGGCUCAAAUUGGCAGAAACCUGGAGGUUUAUGUAGAUGACAUUGUUGUCAAAAGUUCUCGAGCAGAAGACCACUUGACCGACCUGGCUGAGACGUUCAACAACCUUAGAAGGUGCAGCAUGAAGUUGAACCCAGCAAAGUGCACUUUUGGCGUUGAAUCAGGCAAGUUUCUGGGUUUCAUGGUUUCCAGAAGGGGGAUAGAGGUUAACCCUGAGAAGAUAAAGGCAAUAGAAGAAAUGAAACCGCCGAGGUCAACCAAGUACGUGCAACGUUUGGCAGGGAGAGUAGCAGCACUGCACAGAUUUAUCUCCAAAUCAACAGAUAAGUGUCUGCCUUUCUUUAAGGUCUUGAGAACUGCAGCUCAGAAGGACGAAACGGGAAAACCCCGGAAGUUCAACUGGACGACAAAGUGUCAGGUGGCUUUCGACGAGCUCAAAGCCUAUCUCAGCUCGCCGCCUCUGUUGACUAAGGCUCAGGAAGGUGAAAUCCUUUAUCUUUACCUCGGAAUAUUUGAUACUGCCGUCAGUGCUGUCUUGGUCAGAGAAAUGGGGAAACAACAGCAACUAGUAUACUAUGCCAGUAAGGUGCUACAGGAAGCUGAGCAGAGGUACUCAAUAGCAGAAAAGGCAGCCCUAGCUGUUGUUGUUACUGCAAGGAAGUUGAGGCCAUAUUUCCAAUCCCAUCCUAUUAUUGUGAUGACUGAUCAGCCUUUAAGACAAAUUUUGCAGAAACCAGAAUGCUCCGGGAGACUCAUCAAAUGGGCAGUGGAACCAAAUUCUGAGGCAGAAACAUGGACCCUGUAUGUCGAUGGAUCAUCUAAUAACAAGGGUUCAGGAGCUGGAGCAGUAUUAACUAGACCUGAUAGCUUUCGGAGUGAACACGCUUUGAAGUUCAACUUCCAGGCAACAAACAAUGUGGCCGAGUAUGAAGCCCUCCUCCUGGGAUUGCGUUUAGCGGCUGAGCUUAAAGUCAAACGCCUGCAGAUUUACAGUGACUCACAGCUGGUAGUUAACCAAAUCAAUUCUAUGUGCGAAGUCAUUGAUCCCAUCUUGGCAAAGUAUGUAGCCGCAGUCUCUGAGCUGAAAAACCGUUUCGAGAGAUUCCAGCUUACAAAGAUUCCGAGAGCAGAAAAUGAGCAUGUAGAUUCUUUAUCGAAGUUAGCAUCUGAGAACUCUGGGGAAGCAAAGUCUGUGUACAUCGAGAUAUUGAAUAAAUCGAGCUUUCAGACGUCGAGGGUGAUGGAGAUCAGCACUAACCCAGAUACUCCGAGUUGGACAGACCCCAUUCGGGAGUACUUCCUCAAUGGUACCGUCCCGGGGGACAAACAGGAAGAGAUGAAGUUGCGAAGAAAAGCCUCUCGGUACACCCUGAUUGGCGACAUUCUGUACAAGAGGUCCUACUCGUUACCUCUCCUCAGAUGCCUGACACCAUAUGAAGCAGAGUAUGCACUAAAAGAAGUACACGAGGGGGUAUGCGGUAGUCAUGUGGGAGCCCGGACUCUGGCACAUAAGGUACUUUGGCAAGGGUACUAUUGGCCUAACAUACAAGAAGAUGCAAAGAGGUUCGUGCAGAGGUGCCACAAAUGCCAGUUCUUCGCCCAUCUCACCCAUCAGCCAGCCGAAGAACUCACUAGCAUGAUUGCACCAUGGCCCUUUGCUCAAUGGGGAGUAGACCUUCUGGGCCCCUUUGUCAAAGCAGUAGGAGGAGCAACGCAUUUAGUGGUCGCUGUUGAUUACUUCACCAAAUGGGUAGAAGCCAAACCUCUCUCUUGUCUGACUUCGAGAAGAAUCGAGGAUUUCCUCUUCAGCUCGGUCAUCUGCAGAUAUGGGAUACCAAACCAGAUUAUCGCUGACAACGGCCCCCAGUUAAAUUGUAACUCCUUCAGGGACUUCUACUCCAGCUACGAGAUUAAGUUGGUGUUCACCUCCGUCUAUCAUCCCGAGGCCAAUGGAAUGGUUGAAUCAGUCAACAAAGCCAUCUUGGAAGGAAUCAAUCCGAGCCGAACUGCCACAGGCGAAACGCCCUACCACUUAGCCUUCGGCACCGAGGCAGUCAUUCUUGUCGAAAUUGGUGUCCCAAGCCUAAGAAUCAGUCACUUUGAACCAGCUCAAAAUGAGCGUCUACUAAGGGAAAACCUUGAUUUCCUAGACGAAGUUCGAGAGCAAUCCCGACUUCGGACUCUAGCAUACAAACAAAGAAUAGCCAACCUUUACAAUAAGCGAGUCCGACCUCGAAACUUUAGAGUCGGUGACCUCGUCCUCAGAAAAGCUAGGCUCACAGGGUUUGAGACCCGAUAUGGCAAGCUAGCACCAAACAGGGAAGGCCCUUACAUUGUAACCGAGGUCCUGGACCCCGGAGCAUACAUUCUCCAGGAUGCCGAGGGCAAAAGGGUGCUUAGAGUUUGGAACGUCAACAAUCUUAAAAAAUUCCAUCCUUGAGAGUUCCUUUCUUUAUUCUGAGUUAGGCAUCUUUUUGUAAAUAACAUUCCAGUACAAUU